AUGAUAAACUUUCCAAUCAAUAGGGUUCUUGCCUCUCCUGCACCUCCGGUUCCCCCAAGACCAGUGCGAAAUUCUUACAAUAAUAAUUACGGUUCUUAUUUAUCAUCUUAUAAUAAUUAUUCUUACGGGGGAUAUACCCCAUCCUUUGGUGGAUAUAGUGGAAAUUUAGGUUAUGGUGGUUAUGGGUUUAAUAGCUUUAGGCCUACUUUUGGAUCCUACGGUUCUACAUAUCCCGAAAAUAGGUUUAUUCAGUUAGCAGAAGAAAGUUCUAGGCCUGCUUUUCAGUCUAUUCAAUCAAUUCUUCAUACAUUUGGUUCAGUUGUUAUGAUGUUUGAAUCAUCAUUUAAUGCAAUUUAUUCAUCUUAUAUGUCAGUACUUGGUGUCGCAGAUAAUUUUGUUAAACUACGAAAUGCAUUCGGUCAAGUUUUUUCAACAUUAGCAAUAAUAAAAACAUUAAAUUGGAUAUAUAAAAAAAUUCUUUAUAUAUUAGGCAUUAAUAAAGAUCCGGAAUUAUCGUGGUCAAAUGCUUGGAAAGAAAUUUCAAACAUAAAUGUAGGCAACACACCAAAUAAUAAAACAAAGACUUGGCCAUUUUUAAUAUUUAUGUCUUUAAUUAUUGGAGGGCCAUAUCUUAUUUUUAAACUUUUGAGUGAAUUAAAUAUUCGUCCAACUCAAGAAAUUUGGACUCCUGCUGAGCAACCAGGAUCAUUAGGGAUUGGAAUGUAUGAUUUUUAUGCUGCCUCAAAUCAAGAAUUAAGCAUUUCGUCACAACAAAAAUUGAUGAUUGCUCCGAAAAAAUUUCAACCAACUGACUGUCCAGGCUGGAUACUGGCUUGUAAUGAAAAUAGUAAAAUUGGUCUGGUACCAAGCAAUUACAUAGGUAUUUUACUGCAGUCUGAAACUGGACAAACAUAUAUUGAACACAACGGACAAAGAUAUUCGUACACUAGAAAUCCAAGCGUGGGUAGUUCGUUAAAUACUGAUAAGUCUGAAAAAAAUAAUUUAAAUGAGGAAGAAAGUGGUAAAAGUGUAAAUUCUACAAAUUAA